CGCUAAAGAAAUUCCAAGUGACGACUUUUAUGUGCCAAAUCUCCUGCCAAAAUCUACACCAGUCAAGACAAAGAAACCUAUGAAGCAAGAUAAUGGAAACAACAAACUUGUUGACGAUAUGAACAUGAAUGAAAGCAGAGAUGUUCAUCUUGAUUCUCCUUUAAAGAUGUCAAGUCAAAGUGACAGCUUAACAGAAUCUCAAGAAAACAAUAUAGAGAUGUUGGUUGAACUGAUGAAUGAUGAUGAUGGACAAUUAACUGUUAAUUAUACGGAAUCAAGUGAUGAUCUGGAUGAAACAUGGCUUCCAUCGAGUGGUUUUUUGUGUUCGCAAAGAUAUUAACGAUGCUGAGGAGAAGGAUAAAGAAGAUGUCGAUAUUUUGAUUAGCGAGUUGUCUUGUAUGGUUGGGAAUCCAUUGUUCAGUGAUGUUGAAAUCAUUGCGAAGAACAAAAACAAGAUUUUGGCGCACAGUUUUAUGUUGUGUGCAAGAUGUAAAACAUUGGCAAACUUUCUUCAGUCAAGCCAAUCAUAUUGUAAAGAUGAAUCAGCUAAUGGCUUAGUUCGUGUUGAACUACUGGAUAUCGAUGUUCGUGCUGUUCGAGCUGUACUUACUUACAUCUAUACGGCUUGUUUUGUUCCUGUUCUCGACGAGACGUUAGCCGAUGUGAAAGAACUUGUCCUCAGAUGGAAUUUGAAUAUUAAUCCUGAAAAAUGGAAAGUAAUAAAAGAUGAAUGUGAGAAAAACAGCGAAAAGGACGUAGAUCAAUGUAAUGUUGGCUCUCUUGAUGUCCUUUUGAAAUCUUUAUGGGAAGGUGAAGAAGACAUGAAUGGCAAUGAAGAAACGAAUGAUAAGAUAAUUGCUGAAAGUUUCUUGGAUGAAGAACUUGCAGGAAUGACGAUAAAGAUUUAUUCUCAAUGUUCUUUGGAACAGGUGGAAUCUUGUGAAAAGAAAAACGACAAAAGUUCCCCUGGAGAAAACUUGAGAGAAAACUCUUUACAUCAAAAGUCAGAGAAGAACGAUAAGGCAAUUUUUAGCACAAAGACGAGUUCAAAGGGAUCUCCACUUCUUGAAAAAGAGAAAACGAGCAAUAUGUCGGAAGAAUAUAUUGUUGUAAACGAGGAUGCCGUCAAAAACAGAACUGAGAAUUUUAAUGUUGUGGAUAAAGGCUCUGUCUCUAUUUCUAACCAAUCACUUUCAACCUUUGUAGAAAUUAAUGAUGUGGAAGAUGGCUCUGUCUCUAUUUAUAGCCAAUCACCUUCAUCCUUUGUAGACAUGAUAUCGUCUCCAGAGUUUUCACCUCUUCCAGAGAAUAUUAAUGAUUUUGAAUUAGACGAUGAGACUGACGUGUUAAACACUGCAAUUUCAGCUCAAGAUACUUCUGAAAGCGACAUGAAUGUUGUUGAUGUUAAAUUUACUACAGAUAUUGUAGAUGAUCUUGUUUCCAGUACACCCAAAAAAAUGGAAACUGUUGUCGUACCUGCAGAAGACCAACAAAUCGCGUCAACACCGGAUGAGAGGGAAGAUGACAUUUAUUUACUUUCUCCGACGUGCAGUAAGAAAUGUUCUCGCGUCACUGGCAGAAACAAAAUGAAACAAAAUGACAGUUUGUCGAAUGUGUUCGAUAUUUCUUUGGAUUCAGAUGAUAUCCAGAUGUCGGACAUGAAAGACACUUUGAAAAAUAAAAACAUUUACGACGUGUCUGGUUUGUUCUCAAAUUCAAGACCCACUUCACCCUCUUUAUACAGCGAAAAGGACGAAGAUAUAAUUGAAAUAAAUAAUGUUGAAAGUAAUUUUAACUCAGAUAAUGAUAAAUCAAAAUCAGGUGCGUUAUCCAUCAACACAAAAAAUGGAAAAUCAAGUGCCGUGACUGACAAUCGAGCCAAAGAGAUCUCUUGUUGUCAUAAACUACGUUUAUUGUCACACAAUAUGGAAGAAAGCCAUAGCUACUUGAAUGACUCGAUGGGGGAAUCCGCUGGAAUAAGGGAUUGUGUUGAGACAAUAAAUAAUGAUGAUCAAUCUAUUGACUGCUAUGAUGAUGGUGGAUUUAAUUGUGAUUUAAAUGAAUUUGUUAUGCAUGAGACAAAUAUUUCUCCCAGAGAACAAUGGAAAGACUUGAAAACAUCUGCUCAAAGUAGUGUUAAUCUUGGAGCAAUGUCAACUGACGAAGAUGUAAACAUUUACCAUGAAGAGAAGACAACUCCUCAAAGUAGUUUUAAUCUUGGAGCAAUGUCGACUGACGAAGAUGUAAACAUUAACCAUGGAGAGAAGACACCUCUUCAAAAUAGUUUUAUUCUUGGAGCAAUGUCAACUGACCAAGAUGUAAACAUUGACCAUGGUGAGAAGACACCUCCUCAAAAUAGUUCUAUUCUUGGAGCAAUGUCAACUGACGAAGAUGUAAACAUUAACCAUGGAGAGAAGACACCUUCUCAAAAUAGUUUUAUUCUUGAAGCGGAGUCGACUGAUAAAGAAGCCGUUUUAAAAGAAAGGAAAACAUUGGGGGCAUCUAAAAAUGAUUUCUUUGUAAGACAUUCGAGCAAAGUGACUGGAGAGGAUAAUUUACGUACACCAUGCACGCCAAUGCUUGAUUAUUCCAACAUGGCAACACCUGAUUUGAAGGUUGAAUUAAAGCAAUAUGGAGUCAGGCCACUGGCAAAACGCAAAAUGGUCGUAAAACUAAAAGAAAUAUAUAAUUACACGCAUAAAGAUAAAGUUGCUGCUGAAUCUGGGUGUUUAAUUGACCGGGACAAUACGCCUGUUAGUCCGGAGAAAGAUGCCUUUGGAAGCCAUGACAAGCAAGGGGAAGUUGGAGCUUUUUCUCAGCCAGAUAGUAACAAUGCAUCAGACAGCCUCAGCAACAGCGAUAAUGUUGUGUCAGAACAGGAUGAAGAUUCCGAUGAAUCGGGAAGACUAUCUCAGCAAUCCUCAUCCAACAUAUCCAAAUCAUUGAUGUCCAUUUUCAAAAAGGACGACGUUUUGUAUAAAAAAAUUCUUAUGUACUUGCCAAUUUCUGUGUGUGAAGUAUUUGAAACCAUCAAAAGAAAUGGAAUACAGUGUAAUUUAGAGCAACUAAAGAAUUAUCUAGAUGAACAGUGCAUAACGUAUACAGAUCCACGAACUAAUCGUCCUCAGCGAAGAAAAAAACGCGGCAAAAGAAAUCCUGUAUCAAUUGAAGUUUAGGUUGAUGGCUGUAUUUUAAGAUGUUCGUUAUUUUAAAUCACAUUUAUAUUUAUUUGAAAUCUUGAGCGGUUGAACCUUGCACAUAAAAUUCAUGUGAUCGGUUGACUGCUAACUUUAGUAAUAAUUAUUUCCGGGUUUUGUCGGUAAUGCGAUGCGGUUCUGCGUAUGAAUACUAAUGUAAAUUACGAUAUGUAACAAGCUACAUGAAUUGUCUCGAUGAGUUUUUACAAAUUGAAAGCUCUUAUAUGUCAAAUUGUAGCUAUCAUAGAAAUGUGUUAAUUGUUAGAGCUCUAUAUGUUGCAUUCUCGAGCUGGCAGUUUGGUAUGCGGUAGGCAUAGCAACCAUCUUUGAUUCCUCUUCAUGCACAUGCCAUCAAGUGUGCUCGAGUCUUGAUGUAAAGAAACAUUUCUAGAAUAUAAUAUGGUUAUGUUUUAUUGUAGAUAAUAACCGUCAAUUUCCCAAGGAAUGGUAAUUGACUACCGCGGUAUUUGCUCAUAUCUGUGCUAUCAUAUUUGUUGUCAAGAUUAAUGAACUUCGACUUAAGUUAGAUUAGUUAAUAAUUAUAUUAUGACUUAUGAGAUAUGAAUUCGAAUUAUCACAUAUAUAAACAAGUAUUCAUCUACGUUUUAA